UAGAUCGAAAUUCAAUCAAUCGAGUAAUCAUAAUGCUAGAACAUCGAGAGCAAGCAACACCGAGGUCAUAAGAAACAAGAAGCAGAAACACAAACAGCAUAUCCAAGCCCGUUUCCAUCACGAGCCGCACGAGAGCAAUCGACGAAGCUGUGCGAUGGUGGAUAAUAAUUUGUUGUUGUGGGCCGUGGCGAUCCGUUCCCUGUGUGCAGUUGGAGCAGAUGGCAACCCCCGUACACGCAACGUUGCGGAGACCCUGCAACUUCGCCGUCUGCGUUCAGCGUCCACACAGUGCAGAGGGAGGCCAGUUAGCCUUCUGUGGAAGUAUCCCAUCGAAUAUUCCACUUUCUAUGCACAUAUGGGGGUAGUUGCUGAAUAUCAAAGAAUCAUUCAGAAGCGGUGUGAUGAAUGGUGUUGCUGACUAGGGUGGACACGAGUUAUGAGGUUUAUGGAAGAAUAUCAUAGCCGUCAACCGUCGGGCGCGAUAUUUCUAAUCGCAAGCUCGUUGACUUGCCCGUGGAUUCGAAAAUGCCAUUGGGCGUGAUAUCGGGUCAUAGAACAUGUCGGAAUAGUGGUGGAGUAGUGUGAUAAGUUCCAGGCGCAGGCAGGUG